CAUUUUUUAUAUGCUUAUAGGUGAUGUUGAUGUUAUUGGAAGUUUAUGCUUGAGGUGGAAACAGUAUCCUAAAAUUGGACUUAGACCAUGGUUCACUCAAGGAGUCGAACAAGAACACCUUCCCCAUCAGUGAGUCGAAAACACAAGUCAAAGAAGCAUCGCCGCUCACGCUCUCGAGAGCGCCGCCGUGACCGAGACAGAGAUCGGGACCGGGACCGGGACCGGGAUCGAGACCGGGAUCGAGACCGUGGCACCAGGCCCAGGGUUGGUAGAAGGCGAUCCUUAUCAGCAGGGUCUUCAAGCACCAGCUCAGAUGUCGAGGUUGUCUCCCGCAAGAAGCACAAGAAGAUGGAUGAGGUGGAACGACUCGCUGAGCUUGAAAGACAAAGGCGGCAUCGGGAGCAGGAGCAGCGGCAGGUGGAGGAGGAGACACAGAAGCGGAUUGAGGAGAUGGUACGAAAGCGGGUAGAGGAGGAGCUGGAGAAGCGAAAGGAGGAAAUUGAGGCAGAGGUCCUCCGCCGUGUUGAAGAGGCCAAGCGCAUCAUGGAGCAUGAGAUGCUGGCUGAGAUGGAGCGCCACAAGCAGCAUCAAUUGGAAGAGAUGCGCAGACAGGAGGAGGAGGAGAAGAAGAAGCGGGAGGACCUUGAGCGCAUCAUGGAGGAAAACAAUAGGAAAAUUGAGGAGGCUCAGAGGAAACUGGCUGAGGAGCGUCUAGCCAUGGUAGAGGAACAGAGGCGCAUUGAUGAACAGCGGCAGAGACUUAAGCGUGACGAGGAGAAGAGAAGGAAAGAAGAACAGAAAGUGAUCUUGGGCAAGAACAAUGCCAGGCCAAAACUAUCCUUUGGUCUCAAGCCAAAGACGUGAUUAAGUUGCAAGUCAUGUGAGGCCGUGUUGUGUUUCAGACUGUACCUGAUAGCAUGGAUGCUUAAGAUGCAGGGAAGUGAUUUUGUUUCUUUACUCUCCAUUUUCUUCCCUAUCCUCCUAAUCAGAAAAUCCUGAAUACCCUCAGUUUCCAGGGUAAAUAGUAAUGAAGCAUCAGCACAGUUUGAUAAAUUUUGUCAAAAGUACAGGAAGUUGAGGGUAUUCAGCGGUAGUGUAUUUUGUUUUUGUUUUUGUUUCUUCCAUUGCCCCCUGUAGAUAUUGCCCAGUCUGCACUGAGCCAUUUGCAUCAAGUCUUCUGUACUGGAAUAAAGUAUGACAACUUUA